GCGCGUAAUUGGAGCGCACUGGCGAGGCGUCCCUUGCACCCCCACCGGGAUAUCGCUGUCGUGAUGUUCAAUACUUCGGGAAUUGAGUUCACUUUUGACAAUAAGGAGGAUAUUUCCGAAGUUAUCAAUGGAACCCUGGAGCUUCUCUACAACGUCCUCGUCACCGUGGGUCCCACCGCCAUGUGGAACGAGUCGUGCGGGGAGCAGCUGCUGGACUUCGGGCGCCCGGAGAAGAUCAUCAUCGGGGUGAUGCUGGCGAUCAUCACGGCGGUCACCGUGAUGGGGAACACCCUGGUGGUGAUCGCGGUGUGUGUGGUGAAGAAGCUGAGGCAGCCGUCGAACUACCUGCUGGUGUCCCUGGCAGUGGCGGACCUGUCCGUGGCCAUAGUGGUGAUGCCCUUCGUAAUAGUGACGGACCUCACCGGGGGCAAGUGGCUUUUUGGGGAGGUGUUCUGCAACAUCUUCAUCGGCAUGGAUGUAAUGUGCUGCACUGCCUCCAUCAUGACCCUGUGUGUGAUCAGCGUGGACAGGUACCUGGGGAUUACGCGGCCUCUCACCUACCCAGCGCGGCAGAACGGUCAGCUGAUGGCAAAGAUGAUCCUGGGAGUGUGGCUGGUGUCGGCGUCCAUCACCCUGCCCCCUUUCUGUGGCUGGGCCAAAAACGUCCACACAGCCGGCGUGUGCCUCAUUAGCCAAGACAUUGGCUACACCAUCUAUUCCACAGCUGUAGCCUUUUAUAUUCCCAUGCUGGUCAUGCUGUUCAUGUACUACAAGAUCUUCAGGGCAGCUCGCAAGAGUGGCGCCAAGCACCGUUUCACCGACCUCUCGCGCCGCGAACGCCUUGAAACAGUGGCUAAUGAGGCGCUCCGCAUGCAGGGCCUGAAGCCGCCCGGUGUGAUGGAGGAGUGCGCCGCCUUGUCCCGCCUGCUGAACCGUGAGCGCAGAAACAUAUCCAUCUUUAAGAGAGAGCAGAAAGCAGCCACAACACUGGGGGUAAUCGUGGGGGUGUUCACCGUGUGUUGGCUGCCCUUCUUCAUCCUGUCCACUGCCAGGCCCUUUAUCUGUGGAGUGGAGUGUAGCUGCGUGCCCAUCUGGCUGGAGCGCACGCUGCUCUGGUUAGGCUACGCUAACUCCCUAAUGAACCCCUUCAUCUACGCCUUCUUCAAUCGAGACCUGCGCUCCACUUAUCGUGACCUUCUCCGCUGUCGUUAUCGCAACAUCAACCGUCGACUGUCUGCCGUCGGCGUACACGAGGCACUCAAGGUUUAA